AUUCAGCAAUGUUUAGGAAUCAGUAUGAUCACGACGUUUCAAUAUGGAGUCCACAAGGACGAAUUCAUCAAAUCGAAUAUGCUAUGGAAGCUGUAAAGCAGGGUUCAGCAGCAGUCGCCCUGAAGAAUCAUGACUACGCCAUAAUUGUUGCCCUUAAGAGAGCACCAUCUGAACUCUCUUCCUACCAAGAAAAAAUCAUUCAAAUAGAUGAUCAUGUUGGGGUAGCGAUCUCGGGUUUAACUGCUGAUGGCCGACUUCUUAGUCGUUCAAUGCGUCGUGAGUGUGCAGAUAGCAGAUGGGCCUACGAUGAGCCAUUACCAAUUUCACGUCUGCUAUUUAAGAUAGCUCUCAAGAUGCAAGUUCCUACUCAGAGAUAUGGUCGACGACCUUUCGGAGUUGGUAUGCUAGUCACUGGUUGUGAUGCCUUGGGACCACAUGUUUACUACCUGUGUCCAUCCUCAAACGCAUACGAUUGCAAAUGCAUAGCCAUUGGUUCUCGCUCUCAAUCAGCUCGUACUUACUUGGAACGACAUUUAGAUGAAUUUAAAGGUUCAUCUUUGGACGAUUUAAUUUGUCAUGGAUUGAAGGCUUUAAACAGUACGUUGCCAAAUGAAGUUAGUUUGAAUAUGAAGAAUUGUUCACUUGCUAUAGUUGGAAAAGACAUGAAAUUCACAAUAUUUGAAGAUGACGAUAUUGAUCCAUAUUUAAAGUUAUUCGAAGCUACUCAAGCGGAUGCACCAACUAUCUCCGAUUCCGGUCCUACUCCAAUGGAACAGGAUCAUACUCAAUUUUGUAAUUGGCAUUUUUCUCCUUCAGAAUUAGUUAAUCUUCGUUCAGAUUGUAAUACAACUGCUCUUAAACGAUUACAAUCAAUUAAAGAAGUAGAAAUUAAAAAUACCAAUGAAAAUGUAAACAAUACAUUAACUGUUGUUGGAUUAGAUCCUGAUCAAGAAUUUAAAAUUAUUAAACAUUAUGUAUAUUUAAUGAAAAUUUUAUUUGAUAAAUUUACAACACCUCAGUUACCAAAUGAAGUAUAUGGUUUUGCUGCAACCUAUUUUAAACGUUUUUAUCUUAAUCAUUCUGUAAUGGACUUUUAUCCACGUGAUAUAAUGUUAACAUGCUUGUACGUUGCUUGUAAAGCUGCAGAUUUCCCAAUUGGUCUUCAGACUUUCAUUUCGCAUAUCCCUAGAAAUCAAGAGCGAUAUAGUUAUCUGGUUCUCAAUUCUGAACUUUUUUUGAUGGAAUCACUGGGUUAUGAUCUGUGGGUGUAUACACCGUAUCAAGCGUUAACUGGAUUUGUUAUCGACUUAGUAGCAUAUCAGAGACGAAUUUGUGGUGCACGUUCUGAUUCCUAUCUUUUAGAGAAUCGAUCCGAUGCUCAGCUCGUUGAUGAGUUAUGUAAGGACGGUGUAAAUUUAAUAAAUUUAUGGUAUCAAACUGACUUGUGCCUCACAGCUCAUCCAAGUCAGUUCGCUCUUGCUGUCCUAGUGGAACUUGGACAUACUCGGCCUCAGUUGGAUGUAGAAGUUUUCGUCAGAGAUGAACUAUGUGGUUGUGACCCAGUACAGAAGUUUAAACAGCAUUCUGAAGAGGAUGAUGGUGACGAAGGAGACAUAAAACCCAAGAAGGAUACCAAAUGUGACCCUGAAACUCGUUGGCAGGAACUGUCUAGUCGUUUAGAUUUUAUCCGUCAAACAAUCGAUGAAUUUCAGUUUAUUACUGACUUAGGACCUGUUGGUGAAGAAGAAGUAAUUUUAGAUGAAUGUCGAAAUCCCCUGUAUAAUAUUGAAUCUGACGAGUAUGCGCAAGCUAAGUCAAAAGCGGAUAGCCUAAUGGCUACGCUUGAAUAA